UGCCUGAACAAAAUGUGGCACAGUUGGAUAAUCUUUGAAAACCCAGGAAGCAGAGUAUCUCCACCUCCACUCUGGGACCUUCUGCUCCGUGCUCGUGGCAUGUCUGCACUCCAGCAGCUGCAAACCAGCUGUGAGAAAAAUGAAAUGUGCCUCCUGACAGAUUCCUCUGACUGUCUGAGCAGCAGUCUGUUGGUCAUGUAGACCUUGGGUCAUAUCCCAAAUCUGAAAGCUCAAAGUUAGACUUUCGAAAACACAUUCUCCAGACUGAGUUUACUGUUUUCAGCAAACUUUAAUCAGCUUGCCUUUUCCUAUUGCAAUGAAAUAACACUCCCUGUUUUGACAGUCUCUGGCUAUAUAGAAUGAAAAGUCAAAAUAAACAAUGAAGUCCACAUUGAACAUUCUAAUACACAACCUCAAAUGUUUACUUCCUCAGCCUAAACUAGACACCUUAUCCAAACAUUUCCUCCUGUUGACUCCUUCUGUCCUCCCCAACAUCCUGGGUUACUAGAUUUUAGAUAGGAGCUUCUAAUACACAUAACCUAGAUUGAAAGCAGAGUUUAAUUAGCACAAACUUCCCUAUCAUAAUUGUAAUCUACAGUAAAUGAAUGCAAUUAGCCCCACCAGGGUCUUCCCUGAGCCCUCCUCUCCUCUGCCAUAAUCUGACUCUGGGUUCUUGUAUAAAGCUAGCAUACUACAUUCACUGCAAAAGCAGCAGGUCUACAGGGCUGCCCUUUCCUGGAUCAUGUCACUGCUUCUCCUCCAGGUGUUAGUGCUCUCAUGUCUUGGAGCCACAGAGCUACUGAGACAUUCACAGCAAAGGAAAAGCAGAAGACCUUUUUACCACCUUCUCUACCUGGACAAAAAGUUGUUUGAAAGUCAAAGUCCUCCUGAGCUAGUAAGCGAGAGCCCAGUAGGAGUUGAAGAGACCCUGAAAUUACCAAGCUUUUUUGUAUCAGUUCCAAAGACAGCAUCUGGAAGUGAGAAGAAAGAGGAGAAAAAAAUGUCUAGAUUCAUACUUCCCAAUGCAGGACUCCAUACAAACCAAAACCCGAGAACCUGGGUUGCACCCAGAGAGACCUCUCCUGUGGAAAACUUCUCUCCACCCUAUUAUUCCAGCCAGAGAGAGUCUGAAUUUCUCUACAGAAAAGAUGCCAAGAAAUUCUGGGACCAUUUCAUGUUAAAGAAAAAUUCAGCAUCUGAAGAGGUCGUGUUGCCAAUCAAGACCAAUGAAAUGAACCAAGAAAACUGCAGGACCCUGCCUUUUGCUCAGGUUGUUACUCAUAACAGCUGUGAGAAGAUGACAGUACAGAAUAAUCUGUGUUUUGGAAAAUGUAGUUCUUUUCAUGUUCCUGGUUCAGAAGAUCAUCUUUAUACCUUUUGUUCUCACUGCUUGCCCAGCAAGUUCUCCAUGAAGCGCCUGGAUCUCAACUGCACUGAUUCUGUUCCAGUGGUCAAAGAAAUCAUGCUUGUAGAAGAGUGUAAAUGUGAAACUCGGAAGAUUAAAGACCCUGUGACUGGAUCUCUACUGUCAGACUUGUAUGAAAAUGUACAUGAGCACAAUUAACCUGUGCAAAGUACCUCUUAAUUUGAUCAUAAGAACCUGCCAAUGAAAAAACUCAAACAAGUUGUUUUUGUACUCUAGUACAAAAAAACAUUAAACAUGUAGUCUUUCUACAAGAUGUUUGUUUCAACAAUGACUUCACCUAAAAUGUAACAAAUGUUUCCUUGCAGCUGUUAAGGAAAAGGAUGUGAAAUUACUGGGCUUAUGUGUAAAGGUCUUACUUUAACAAGGGAAAAGGUAAAA